UAUUCGAUCGAGUACAUCUGAUUGUUUUAUUCACCGGUGCUGAAGAACUGGGUUUGAAAGGUGCUCAAGCAUUCAUAAGUAAUCACACCUGGAAAACAAGUAUCCGACGCUUCAUCAAUCUUGAUUCAACCGGUGGUAAGGGCAAAGCCAUUCUUUUUCGUGCCAAGCCAUCACAGCUUGUUGUCGAUUAUGGAAGAGUACCAAGACCUCAUGCCAAUGUAUUUGGCGAUGAGAUUUUGCAAUAUUUGGGAGCGAACACGGAUUAUACUCAGUUUGCCACCAAAGGAUCAUUGCCGGGCUACGAUUUUGCAUUCUAUCUCGAUGGUUACAAUUAUCAUACGUUGCUCGAUCGACCAUCAAUUGUCGAAUUGGGUGCUUUACAGCAUCUUGGCGAAAAUACACUUGCUUUAUCACAUGAGAUCCUAUUCGGUCGUGUUGAUCUUCAACAACCAUAUAACAUCAGUGACGACGAUAAUCUCAUCUAUUUUGAUAUACUCGGUCGUCAUUUAGUUACUUAUAAAAUGUCUACAUCAAUUAUUGUUCAAGCAAUUCUAACAGGAUUGAUCUUCCGUCUACCUAUUCUUGUUCCACUCAUUUCCCGUUCAGCAUCAAUUACACUUGAAUCAGAUGAUAAUAUUGGUCUAUCGCCAAUUCUCAAUGAGUUUUCAACGAAAAUAGGUCUACCAUUAGUCAAUCGACAAUGUACAAAAGAAACUAACUGCACAUUCGAUGACACAUUCAAUCGUACCAUUGCUAUAAAAGAAGUCGAAUUAAUCUCAAUAAUGAAUGCUACGAAUUUUAAAUUGAUAUUUCGACAUAUUUCAUCUUAUCAGAUAGGCGUUUCAUCGACGGGCACGGUCAAUUUCACUGUACAGAAUACAUCAAUGAAGCCACGAAUAGAAACGACUGUCGAUGUACAAUCAUUCUCUUUAUCAUCAAACUUCAGUAUUGAAAUGAAAAUCGAACGUUGCGAU